AUGUCCUUUGUAAUAGAUUCUGUACCCACAGUUCCUUUUAAGGACCAGAAACCGGGUACUUCCGGUUUACGGAAGAAGACUAAGGUUUUCAUGAAUGAGCCCCAUUAUACUGAAAACUUUAUUCAAGCAAUGAUGGAAUCCAUUCCAAAUGGACCGGAUGGUGCUACUUUAGUGGUUGGUGGUGACGGUCGUUUCUAUAAUGAUGUCAUUAUGAAUAAAAUUGCGGCUGUCGGUGCUGCCAAUGGUAUCAGAAAGUUAAUUAUUGGUCAAGGCGGUUUACUUUCAACGCCAGCUGCUUCCCAUAUCAUCAGAACAUAUGAAGACAGGUGUAAUGGUGGUGGUAUCAUUUUAACCGCUUCGCACAAUCCAGGUGGCCCGGAAAAUGAUUUAGGAAUUAAGUACAAUUUACGUAAUGGUGGUCCCGCUCCGGAGAGUGUUACUAAUGCAAUCUGGGAAGCAUCUAAAAAGUUAACCCAUUAUAAGAUCGUAACGAAUUUCCCUGAGUUGGAUAUGAAUAAGCUUGGCAAAAAUCAAAAUUAUGGACCGUUGCUAGUGGAUAUCAUUGACCCGGCAAGGGCAUACGUUCAAUUUUUGAAAGAGAUUUUUGAUUUUGACUUAAUCAAAAGUUUCUUAACGGAACAACGCAGAACUAAAGGAUGGAAAUUACUGUUUGACUCCUUAAAUGGUAUUACAGGACCGUACGGUAAGGCCAUAUUUGUUGACGAAUUCGGCUUACCAGCCGAAGAAGUGCUUCAAAACUGGCACCCUCUGCCCGAUUUCGGUGGUCUACAUCCUGAUCCAAAUCUAACCUAUGCUCGUACUCUUGUGAGCAGAGUUGACCGCGAGAAGAUUGCCUUUGGCGCUGCGUCUGAUGGUGACGGUGACAGGAAUAUGAUCUACGGUUAUGGCCCUGCUUUUGUCUCACCAGGCGAUUCUGUUGCCAUCAUUGCUGAAUAUGCAUCGGAAAUUCCAUAUUUUGCCAAACAAGGUAUUUACGGGUUAGCACGCUCAUUCCCUACGUCCUCCGCCAUUGACCGUGUUGCAGCAAAGAAGGGAUUGAACUGCUACGAAGUUCCAACCGGUUGGAAAUUCUUUUGUGCCUUGUUUGAUGCUAACAAGUUGUCAAUCUGUGGUGAGGAAUCCUUUGGUACAGGUUCCAACCAUAUCAGGGAAAAAGAUGGUAUAUGGGCUAUUAUUGCUUGGUUGAAUAUCUUGGCCAUCUACAACAAGCAUAAUCCCGAAAAGGAAGCUUCAAUCAAAACGAUCCAGGACGAAUUCUGGAAUGAAUACGGCCGUACUUUUUUCACUAGAUAUGAUUACGAACAUCUCGAAUGCGAGCAGGCCGAAAAGGUGGUAGCUCUAUUGAACAAUUUUGUCACAAAACCCGAUGUUGUUGGCUGUCAGUUCCCAGGUGAUGAGUCCCUAACUGUCGCUGAUUGUGGCGAUUUUUCGUAUACGGACUUGGAUGGUUCCAUCUCCGAAAAGCAAGGUCUAUUCGUAAAGCUAUCAAAUGGGGCUAAGUUUGUUCUAAGAUUAUCCGGAACGGGUAGUUCUGGUGCAACAAUAAGACUAUAUGUCGAAAAAUAUACUGACAACAAGGGCAAUUAUGAUGAGACCGCAGAAAUCUUUCUGAAACCCAUCAUCAACUCCAUUGUGAAGUUUUUAAAAUUCGAAGAAAUUCUAGGAACAGAAGAACCAACUGUUCGUACAUAG